GGGUUGAAAGGCAGUCGGAGGAACAUUGGGAGGGAACAGUAGCAGGGGAACAACAGACACUGUAUGGUGGUGUAGUUAGGUGAAAUUAUUGUGAUCAUACGCAUUGACCAAGAUGAGAAAAUUCUUGAGCUCAGUGCUUGGCGCAGGAGGGGCAUCAAAGGACCUCCCAUACAAUAUCGGGGAUGCGUACUCGACAGCAUGGGGCUCUUGGGUGCACUAUCGUGGGACGAAUAAGGAAGAUGGGUCAGCUGUUUCGAUCUUCUCGUUGACUGCAACAAGUGCUGGUGAUGGAAGAUUAUCUGCUGCAAGGAAUGGAGUAAAGCGGUUGCGAGCGCUGCGGCAUCCAAAUGUGCUGACUUUCUUGCACAGCACAGAGAUGGAGACGAUUGUUGAUGGGCAGAUGAAGCCCAUCAUUUACAUCGUCACGGAGCCUGUCGUGCCGUUAGCGGAGAAUGUUAAGGAGCUCAAUCUCAGUGGAUCUCAGAGAGAUGAGUACUACUCCUGGGGAUUAACCCAGGUGGCAAAGGCAGUUAGCUUUCUCAGUGACUGCAAGCUUGUGCAUGGAAAUGUGUGUCUGUCUGCCGUUGUCGUGACACCCUCACUUGACUGGAAGCUACACGCGUUUGACGUUCUCUCGGAGUUUGACGGGGCGAACCCGGCCGCAGAGGGACCCAUGAUCCCAAACGAGUGGCUUGUUGCAUCACAGUACAAGCCGGUAGAACUCACGAAGAGUGACUGGGCUGCGAUCCGAAAGUCCCCUCCUUGGGCGAUCGAUGUGUGGGGAUUGGGUUGCUUGAUACAGGAACUGUUCAGUGGCAUGCCGUUGAAGCGCGCAGAGGAUCUUCGGAACACGUCGGUCAUUCCGGGCACCCUUCUCCCGGAGUACCAGAGGCUCUUAGGAUCGUCUCCGACGAGAAGACUGAAUCCGUCGAAGCUCACGGAGAGCGCGUUCUUCCAGAAUAAAUUAGUCGAGACAAUACAGUUUUUGGAGGUGCUGAACUUGAAGGAUGGCGUCGACAAGGACAGCUUUUUCAGGAAGUUGCCGACGGUUGUAGAAACGCUUCCGCAGGGGAUCGCCGUGCGUAAGAUUCUGCCAAUGAUAGCCUCAGCUCUGGAGUUUGGGUCGGCCACCUCAGUCGGGUUAAACUCCCUCCUCAAGAUAGGUUCCUUUCUGUCGCCGGAGGAUUUCAAAGUGAAGGUCAUUCCAACUAUCACUAAGCUGUUUUCGUCUCAGGACCGCGCAAUACGAAUCGGUUUGUUGCAGCACAUGGACACGUUCGCGCCUGCUCUAGCCGCCAAUGUAGUCGACGAGCAGGUUUUCCCGCAGCUAACUUCGGGGUUCUCGGACUCGUCAGCUUUUCUAAGGGAGUUGACGUUAAAAUCGAUGCUAGCAGUGGCACCAAAGUUGUCGCAAAGAAAUCUCACCGGAACACUGUUGAAGCACCUUUCCAAACUGCAGGUCGAUGAGGAGGCAGCAAUUCGGACAAACACAACGAUACUGCUGGGAAACAUCGCUAGGUAUCUGAAUGAGGCAACGCGGAAACGGGUUCUUGUCAAUGCCUUCACCAGGGCUUUGCGGGACCAGUUCUCACCUGCGCGUAGUGCAGGUGUCAUGGCGUUGAUGGCGACGGCUGAGUACUACGACGUCGUGGAGACGGCCACAAGGAUCUUACCGAGCGUUAUGGUUCUGACGAUGGAUCCGGAUUCAGAUGUGAGAGGCAAGUCAUUCCAGUGCAUCUCCAUGUUUCUAGAGAGGGUGAAGGAGCACUGGGCAAGGGUCGAGGCUGGAGAUUUGGGCUCCAUGGGCACUUCUGCAGCGCAAUCGUCAUCCUCCGCGCUCAUAGGGUGGGCAGUGAGUUCGUUGAAGUGGGGAGGGGGGUCAACUAAACCUGCUGCUGAAACUGUCUCACAGGGUCCAUCUUCAACCGUGCCACCUGUACUGAGGACAGAUGAGAGUGCAGGUCCAGCUCCAUCAUCGACUGUGGCAUUGCAAGUUGCAGAAGGACCCCGCAUCUCAUUGCAAAUCGCACCACACACGCCCGAGCCAUCUGGUCAAACGACGUCGCCAAAAUCCGUGGAUGAUGGGUGGGCCACACCAGAUGAUGUAAUUCCAGAUGAUGGUGAUGACGAUGGGGGAUGGGCUGACCUAGACACGCUGGAAGAUCCAGCACCCUCAGCUGUUCCGCGUGCCGCUACCCCUCCUCCACCAGCUGCUGCUAGCUCGGCACCACGCUUCUCUCAGAUGCCCCAAAGCAGUAGAGCGACGUCAACAACAUCCUCCAAUCCGCCCCGGAAGGUAGGUGUGGGAGGAACUGGGACAACUGGGGGAGCGUUGGGCGCCGGGGGGACCGCGAUGCGUUCACAGGUCGCAGAUGGAGCGAUCAGAAGCACCAGCGGUGGCAGCAUGCCGAAGAAGAAGGACGAGGAUGACGAUGAUCUGUGGGCAGCAAUUGCUGCUCCCAAGCCUGUCUCGACAGUGAAACCAUUGAACGCGAUGAUGCGGAAUCAUGAGGGAUCAUCUGACACCCUGCCUGCAACAGCACCGGUCAGAGCAGGUCAGCAUGUGCAACUUCCAAAGCAGACCAGUGGGGAAGUCUCCCUUGAAAGCAUGCUGGGUAAUGCGUUGACUGGUCCGCCAAGUACUAAAUUUGGAACAGCGAUGAGGACACAGGCAGCGGGAAGAGGCACACCAAGUGGACGGGGCCGCGCACAACCUAUGAAGCUGGGCGCAACAAGAAUCGUACGAUGAUCAGGAGGGGUGGAAGAGGAGUAGAGAAGCCAGCAGCAGCUUGUACGAAUGACCUUGCAACUGUGGUGGGAGGUUCCUGUACGCUUCUAUCUUUUUUAUUUUCAUUGCAGCUUUGGCAAGAAAAAACAGUCAAAAGGGGAGUGCGUAUGACGUGGUCGAUAGACUCGAUACCGAUUGUUUGGUUGCCAUAUCUGUGCAGACUGCAAGUUUGGAUCGUUCACGUGUUUGCUAGCGAGAUGGAGGGAGAUAGGUGACAUGGAUGAAAUGGAUGGGUGGGCGGAGGUACGCAGAGUGUAAGUGGACGAUGAUGGCAGGGCACUUGGGAGAUGGGGGGGGGGGGGGGGGGGGGGGGCGAGCAGGGGAGAAGGAAGAGCGAAAGUGGGAUUCGCAUGGUUGUGGGACCCACUUAUGAGAUAGAAAGCGGAGGAAGAAGCAGACACGUUGAAUAACUACUCCCAUAACCUUAGUAGUUACUUUGGAAUGCGGACUUUUGCGAUCCGGAACAGGUGAGCCGAGGCACGGCAGAGUGCAAGUGGACGAUGAUGGCAGGGCACUUGAGAGAUGGGGGUGGGAGGGUGCGGGGAUGGGGGGAGGAGAAGAAGGAAGAGAGAGAGUGGAACUCGCAUGGUCGUGGGACGCACUUACGAGAUAGAAAGGGGAGGACGAAGGAGACACUUGGAAAUGCACUGAGUUGAGUAAUAACUACUCCCAUUAGCUUAGUAGAUACUUGGAAUGCGGACUUUGUGAUCCGGAACAGUUGGCGCAAGGAAGGAAUUGUUUAGAAGUACGCUUUGUGAUCAGUGUUGAUUGGUUUUGGUCCGUUGGAUCGUUCACGUGUCGAGUGAUCCAUGAUAAGGAGAUGGAUUGGAGUUGAUGCGAGGAAUGAUUGACGCAGACAAACGAACAUGAGGAGUUGUCGUUACUUAUCGCAGUUGACGUGCCACCAGCGGCAACCCAGAUCACAGGCUAGCUGUUUUACGGCAAGGUGUGUGACAGAGCAAGGUGUGUGACAGACAGAGUUAGAUGAGCGUUUCAUCCGACGGGACGCAUUUCUAAACAAAUCAGCAGCUGAGAGUGGCUACUACAGACAUGAACGUAUGUGUGUAGAGAGUCGGUGAAUCCAUGAUUCUCACCUCCGUUGUCCAUUUCUUGCCCUUUUUCAUCCACUCUUGGAGGAUGGCGAAGGAGAAAGUGGAGAAGCGGGCGCACGCUGAUUUGCUUCCCAGAUGACUUCUUUCUUUUUGGCCUUUUUGCUCGCUUUGCUAGUCGAGCGGUACGGUUUAUUAAUAACGCCAGAGCAUUUGCGAAAAUAGAGACUCGCAUGCAUCCAAAUGCCAGUGCGCUUGCUACAUUUGGCAAUUGUACCAUGCGCAUUUUAUACCACUGUUGUCACUGAGACCCUCCGCUACCCGUCUUCUUUCAUCUUCCAUCAUGCAAGGGAAGGGUUGUGUGGAGCAGAAACGGAAGAUUGAGCUACCGUCUUGGGGGACAUUUAAGUGGUGGUGCUGGCAAGCAUCGGGAAGAACUGCAGGGUCGGCUUGCUCCAUGAGUGGGGAGUGAUGUCGAGAAAUAGAGGUCGGGCGGGACCACCACUUCGAUGUCAAGUCGAUUGGUCCUGUGGGACUGCUUGAGUCGGGAGUGAUGUCGAGAAGUAGAGGUCGGGCGGGACCACCACUUCAAUGUCAAGUCGAUUAGUCCUGUGGGACUGCUUGACGAACACCGACAGAGAAAAUGACUCUUUUUGACUGACCUGUUACUAAGGGCAGUCCUCACUGCUACCUUGCACGUGCUAAGCAAGCACGAACCUGACCAUUAAUAUGGUCAGGUUCAUGCUUUGCAAGCGAGAACAUAGUACCAACAAGGCUUGGCCCUAGUGUUUGACAGAGGCUCUCUUAUGAGUACUCCAGUGAGAGGCUGUGAGCUGAGGGUGGAAUCAGGUGGAUGCAGUUGUGGAUGAUUUCCUCUUCUCUGCAACAUGUUCAUUCCCAGA